AUGAUUCCGCAGGUUGUGAUCGACAAAGUUCUCUCCAAAGCGCAGGAAACUGCGUCACAUAGCUGGGAAUACGGCACCGUAUUUGAAGCGCUACUUGAGUACAGAGAUCCUCAUUACAGCAUAUUUCAUGACCCGUUCCCAGAGGGCAAAAUACCAGAGUUGACGGUAGAGGAUGUAGAAGCGUUACGAUAUGUGAAACCAUUCAUACAGACGAAUAGCGCAAGACUGUGCGAAGGUAACGCGCCUGACAAUCCUUACCUCUCCGCUGUAAAUCGCCAGCUGCACGACCUGCUUUCCACCACGCCCAGAUACAGCAAUGGCGCGAUAUCGCAUCGCGAUGCGUACCCUUCUUUGUGGGCAGACUUCAUCUACAUGGUGCCGCCUGCUCUUGCAUACCACGGUGUCUUCACCUCAGAUAUAGGCAUGUUGAAAGAGAGUGUACGGCAGUGCCAGCUAUACUGCGAGGUGCUGGGCACGUCGAAAGGGUAUUGGCAACACAUCGCCAAUGCCGAGGGCACGGACAGCGUGAAGAGCGAUGACGGCGCGUGGUGUACGAGUAAUGCCUGGGCUGCAGCUGGGAUGACUAGGGUCCUAGCAACACUGCGCAGAUCUCAAUAUGAAUCGGAAACCGCUGAUGAGCAGAAGACGCUACUAGAUAUGACGAAAGGCAUUCUUGACGGCGCGAUAGAGACUGAUACUGAUGCAUCCGGCCUGUUGCGCAACUAUCUCGAUGACGAGACAUGGUUUACAGAGGUUGCUGGGACAGCGUUGAUGGCAGCUACGGUCUUCAGAAUGGCGGUCCUCGAGCCUGGCAAAUUUGGGGAACGGUAUGUAGGAUGGGCGACGCGCAAGUUGGAGGCUGUCAGUCGCCAUCUAGAUGAGGAAACUGGAGUUGCGGCACCUGUGAUCAACUCACUGAAGGAGGGUCAGCGGACGCCGCUCAACGGUAUCAAUCCGGAGGGACAGGCUUUUGUCGUAUUGCUAUACGCUGCAUGGAGAGAUUGGAGGACUGUUGCAGAUAAUGCAUCAAUAGCGACGACCGGAUCUCACGCGUCGAGGACGUGA